AUAUUUUUUUCCUUACUGUACAAUUUUUGUAAUAUAUCUGGAUUUAACUCAAUUUUCUAAACAGAAAAUAGCGCCACCAAAAUUGGUAUUUUAAGUUAAUAUUCUUUUAGUGAAUUCAGAAAAUGCAUAUAAUUAAACUACAUUCGUCUAAGAUACUACGGGUAGCAACAUUUUUAAUUUCUAUACAAAAUGUUAUUUGUUUCAUUGAUCCAGUGUCAAUGGGAGUUGGAAUAAUUAACUUGUUCCCAUCAAUUUACAAUGGGUUAGUAGAUAAUACAUAUUGUAGAUAUUCCGAAUGCUGCAAUCAGAGAGGAAUCCCAGCUAAUAUAAAAGAGCUAAAAACGCGAUUGAGCAAUAAUUUGUAUGGACAGCAUAUAGUGUUACAACAUCUAAUACCUGCUUUGCAAGCGCAUUUCAGCCCAGAAAACAACUCACGAAAACCUCUUGUUUUAAGCUUUCAUGGAACCCCAGGCACCGGCAAAAACUUUGUAGCUGAUCAAAUUGCCGAAGCAUUAUACGAAAAAGGAGUAAAAAGCAGAUUUGUUCAUAAAUAUUUGGGUAGAGCCGAUUUUCCACUAGAAGCCAAUUCUCAUAUUUACAAAGAAAGAAUUAAUCAAGAAGUGCGGAAAGCGAUUGCUGAUUGCCCUAGAUCAUUAUUUAUAUUUGAUGAAGUUGAUAAAAUGCCCGAAGGAGUUUUUGAGUCAUUAACGUCUCUUGUAGAUUACCAUACGUUAAUAGACAAACAAGAUAGUACAAAAGCAAUAUUUAUAUUUUUAUCCAACACGGCUGGUGUUUUAAUAUCUGACCGUUUAGGAAAUGUUAUAAAUUCCGGAACUCUACGAGAUGACACUAGAAUUGGACAUUUUGAACAAAUAUUAGAAAAAGCUGCUUACAAUUUAGAUGGUGGCAUGAAAAAAACUAGUUUAAUAGAAGCUCAUGUGAUCGAUCAUUAUUUACCUUUCCUGCCAUUGGAAAAGCGACAUAUUGUUAAGUGUGUAGAAACAGAAUUUAAAAAAUGGGGUUCUAAACCUAAGGAAAAUGUAGUGGAUUCAAUAAUUAAUGAUGCUGUUACAUAUGAUCGAACUCAUGGGUUGUUCGCGACGUCAGGCUGCAAGACGUUAGAUAAAAAAGUUGCUGUUGAAGUUAUGCAUCCCAUUUAUUAAUUAAAUAGUUUGUUAGUAUAUUUGAUUUUAUAAUAAACAUAUUUUUACUCUUA